AUGUCUGGGCUCGGUGGUCUCCCAUCUCCAACCUCUGUUCACGCCCCUCCCGGCUCAUCUGUCACAUCCCUCACGAGCAAGCGCUCUGCCCGGGAUGCCCCUCUUGGGCAGCGGCUGAGUUUCACUGAGUUUUAUUAUGCCGCGCUCUUGGACAAUGAUGGUGAUGAUGGCGUUACCAUCAUAUCUCGCAGCAAGAGUGCAGGUAACCAUAGUAGGGGCUCAAACAAGGCUCCACGCAAUACCGCCGCCAAUGCAAUUAACGGUUUGAAUGAUCAAUUGGCGGAAAUCAUCCCCAUAAUGAAAGACUUCAACUCCAAGCUCAAAAUUGGCAUUCCCCCAACUGCCUCCCUGCCUAACGCCCCCGCCCAAACACCUAUCGUUGAGAAGAGCCCCACCUUGUCCACCAUCGCCUCUUCCACCAUAGCCCCUUCCACCGUUGCCCAUUCCACUACCUCCCAACCUUCCGCUUCUGCAUUUAACAUUCCUCAAGGCCACAUGUCUGGUCAACCGGACAAUGUCCGUUGCGGAUCUGCCAUUACCUUUAUGUUGCAGAAUGAUCCCUACCGGGGAGUGGAUAGCUCCAUCCGGUUAAUCCACCUUUUUGAGCAAGAUAUGGUAGCCGUCAACACAUACCUGAGGCUCCUGGAGUCCAACGAGUUUUGCAGAACGGGUUUUGCAGGGCGUACGUGA